AUGGCGGUGGACAUCACGCUGCUAUUCCGGGCCAGCGUCAAGACUGUGAAGACGCGGAACAAGGCGCUCGGGGUGGCGGUGGGCGGCGGGGCGGCCGAUGGCAGCCGCGACGAGCUCUUCCGCCGGAGCGCUCGGCCCAAGGGCGACUUCUCCAGCCGGGCCCGCGAAGUGAUUUCCCACAUCGGCAAGCUGAGAGACUUCCUUCUGGAGCACAGGAAGGACUACAUCAAUGCCUGCAGCCACACCAUGUCUGAGCACGGGAGAAUGACGGACACGGAGCGAGAUCAGAUCGACCAGGACGCCCAGAUAUUCAUGAGGACCUGCUCCGAGGCCAUCCAGCAGCUGAGGACAGAAGCCCACAGGGAGACGCACUCGCAGCAGGUCAAGGAGCACCGGAGCGCCGUCCUGGACUUCGUGGAGGACUACCUGAAAAGAGUGUGCAAGCUGUACUCGGAGCAGCGGGCCAUCAGGGUGAAACGCGUGGUGGACAAGAAAAGACUGUCCAGGCUGGAACCGGAACCCAGUACAAAGACGCGAGAGGCCACGUCUGAGCCCGCCUCCCAGAGCCAAUCAAAGGACUCAGAGGAGACACCAGUCCCUGAAGAACACCCAGAAAAGAUCUUGCCCGACACACAGCCUGAGCUGGGAAGCUGGGGCGACGGGAAAGGCGAAGAGGAGUUGUCCCCAGAGGAGAUCCAGAUGUUUGAACAAGAGAACCAGCGGCUCGUGGGCGAGAUGAACAGCCUGUUUGAUGAAGUGAGGCAAAUUGAAGGGACAGUGGUUGAAAUCUCCAGGCUCCAAGAGAUAUUCACAGAGAAGGUUUUGCAGCAGGAAGCGGAGAUUGACAACAUUCACCAGCUUGUUGUGGGGGCGACCGAGAACAUAAAGGAGGGCAAUGAGGACAUAAGAGAGGCCAUCAAGAACAACGCCGGCUUCCGCGUGUGGAUCCUCUUCUUCCUCGUCAUGUGCUCCUUCUCCCUGCUCUUCCUCGACUGGUAUGACAGCUAG